CCUAUAAUGGACAUUGAGAAGUACAAUAUAAUUGUUAGCAAAUUUUCUCGAAUUAAGUGAUUUGUGUAGCUUUAAUUUAAUGUGGUUUAAAUAUUGUAUAUUACAUACAUUAUGAUUCGUGAGAAAACUGAAGAGUAUUAAAAGAGUUACAGUUUUGAUUCUUUUAUAUAUUUAAUCCUUGUGUUGAGUGUCGAUUCGCCGAUCUGUGGCCAUAUUUCUAUAUGAUAUUUGAUAAAACGUUGAUAUAUGUUUCUACAAAUAUUAACAUUAAAUGAGCCACAACAUCAUUAACAGUAAAAAAUUAAGAAAAAAAAGUGGAUGAAGGCUAUCAGAUGCAAAACGCAGACCAUCCAGAUUAGGCACCUUAAGUGCCAAAAUUAGGUGAUGGAUCCCAGUGGUCCAUGGUAUACAUCGUAUAAUCGUUUGAGUACAAGUACAGGAAGUGCUACUGGUACUUUUCAAACAACAAGUGCAAAUAGUGAAUUUACUAAUCAUCAUUUAGUAACAACUGCUACUCAACCUGCACCUCCUGCAACAACUUCUCAAUUAAUUUUGCAAGCAGCCCAUACAACUGCAACUCUGGCGGGCCAACCAACACCUUUUAAUCCAGGGGGAUUCCUUUCUCCUCCCCCUGCGAGUUACGAUGUAUUUUCACCUUUAUUUCAUCACACAAAUUCAAAGCAAGCCCAUUAUGUAACACAACAUCGUCAAGUGCUUGCUCAAAAUCAAACUGUCGCUGGAAUUAAACAAAAUGCACCCGAAAAUGAUAUUCCAACACUCAGAGAAAAUUAUAGUGCAGCACAUCAAUCAAACUUUUUUGAAAAUCAAACAUCAACAACGACUCCUACCGCUUCUACUUUGGCAUGGACUCAUCAAAAUAACCCACAAUUACCAAGCCCAUUUGGUAUAUUACCACACGAAAGCGUUUCAUCUUCUCCAGGACCACCAUCCACAAAACCUGUCACAACCUACGAUAAUUCCUUUAAUACUCAUUUUGUAAGUGGUCAACCGAUCAACAAUUUAAAUACCCCAGUUGUCGCGGGAACAGAUUUCAAAUCAUCAACUUACGAUAAUAAAAAAGGCCCAAGAUCACCCUCGCCAGUUACUUCUGCUAAAUCAACAGUUACAUCAGCCCAAACAUUUUUCCAUCAAGUACCAACUAAUUAUAGUUCCGAUACACUGUCAAAUAAUUAUUCAACUAACAAUAAUCAGCCGUCAGUCAAAGUUCAAACACCCUUGACACAUCAGUCUUGUAUUGUUUCAACUUCUCGAACAACUGCACCAACAACAAUUUUUCUCAAUUCAAUAACAAGAUCCGCUCCCUCUCAAUUGCCCGAAAAACAAUCAACAAGAACCACCAAUUUUCCCUCCAUUCCAAAAACAUCACAACAAGCAAUACAAACAAAAGCGCAGGCAAAAAUUUAUCCCGAAAUUAAUGAACACAGAAGAACUGAUCAACAUGAAAAUAGUCAAUCAUCACCGAUUAGUUUCUCUAUCAUGGAUUCAAGAAAUUAUACAAACUCCAAUUGCAAUACAAGUAAUAAAAUUCCAAGUGGUCAGAGAACUCCUAACAAUAAUCUUCACAAUCAACAACAAUUUCAUGUAUUGAAUCAACAACAUUUUGAAUCAGCUUCCUAUAGACACUAUUCAGGUUCAACGAGUGAUUCCGAGUAUCAUCAUCCUGGAAGAUCAAAAUCAACGGCCUCAACUGACAGCGCCUAUUCAUCGAAUACAUCAACUCAAAAUGGACCCGACUGUGGAGUUGUUGUUCCAAGAAGACCUAGUCCCCUUCAAGCACAUUCACAAGCAAGUCCAUUGGGUCAUGUGCCAAGUCCCGCUUAUCCAAUGUACAAUAGUCCAAUGGCAACAAUUUCCUCUCCGUCGCCCCUUCAUGGCGACAGUAACAGCAAUCAAUGUUCCAAUGGUGCAUCAACCUACAAAACAGGAAUUCAAAUAACUCCACCAUCCCCCCUGGAUGUCACUGUUCCCAGACCAUCUUCACAAACUCAAGUCGCCUACUCGUCAGUCAUCACUCGAGCCUUAGGAUCCAAUGAAAAAACAACCUACAAUGAAGGACGAGCCUACGAACGACAAGAAUUCCUCCCAUCGCAAAAACAAGUCUGCUGGGACGAUAGUCGUACAUCACGAAAAUACAUCGAUCCCUAUGAAACAAACCCCGAGGUUAAUAAUCAUCUAACAACACAACACAGAAUCAUAACAGAAAGACAGCAAAAUUAUUUCGACUCCAAUCAGGUACCAUUGCAGGAUUUAAGUAGCUGUCGAGGUGAUCCUAUGACGAUUGUAAAAAAUCUCCAACAAACUUCCUGUCAAAUUCAACAACCAAUUGCAACCGAUCAAUUGAAAUUAGACGACAGACGAAAACCCGAAUCGCCAACAAAGAAAAAGAAAAAUUCCGAUUCAGCAGUUGUAACAGAGUACUUAAACAGAAUUCCACCGCCUGCUCAUCACAAUACAAAUCAACCACAAAAUGGUUAUUUUGAAUUUGAACGUUGGAAUUUACCGCCACCACCACAUUCGAAAAUGUUUCCUUCAAGUGGCGCAUUUGCCUCACAGCAUCAUUCGACAAAUUUCGUUGGUCCAACACAUCAACAUCAAACAUUCUCACAUCAACCGCCUCUUACAUAUUUUCCCGCUUUUCACAUUACACCAAGUCAUCAUGAAUUUCAACCCACCGUGGAAAUAACACCACAAAUUGGAGAGACACAAAAUUUCACCCCUGAAAUUCGUGACGAUAAACCAAAAGUAAUAGUUCCUGAUAUUGAAGAAGAAUUAGGAUUUCUACAACAAAGUCAAAUAAUGGCUCAAAAUACGGAUCCAAAAAUGAGGGGUAAAGAACCAAAUACUGGUUUUAUGACAAGUUAUUUGAAAUUUCUUCAAGGCGAUCGUGAUCCAUCGCCUGAAUCAUCAAUGAAAAGUGGUAGAAAAGCAUCGUGGAAUAGGUCGAAGCCUUAUAUACCACCGGAGCCAAUGAGACCAUCAGAUGGAUUAAUGAAUAAUGGUGAUAUUAUAAAAUCACAAUCAAUGAAAAAUAAAGAAAUACCACAAAUUGAUUAUGCAAAUGAUCCAAGGUAUUUUCCCUUGCCAAAAGAGAGGAAAAAUAAAAAUUUCGAUUCUAGUGAUGGUGGCUUUAGUAGUGAUGAUGAUUUUCUAUUUAGUGCGACAAAAAAAAUUGAAAAGAAGAAUAAUAAUAUUAAUGCACCUAUAAAUAUUGUUGCUGAUGUUAUGAAAAGUGAGGUGAAACCUAAAAAAGGAAGGCCUAUUAAACCAGGAGGUCCAACGGAUAGAAAAAGAAAAGCAGCGGCCGCCGCUGCUGCUGCAGCCGCUGCAGCUGGUCUCGAUGGUGUUCCAAUUACAAUAACAAAACCGAAAAAAGCUAAUUCUAUCGCAUUACCACCAAGACGUGAAACAACACUAAGAAAAGCAAAGGAAAAAUCGUCAGUUAAAAAAUUAUUGGAUCAACAACAGGGCAUUGAUUACUAUGAUAAUGAUGAGGAAUUGGGUAAUUCAGAUUCUGAUCCAGCUUGGACACCAGCUGCAAAAUUAGCUGGCGAUGAAGAGGAUAAAAGAAAAAAGCGCGGUAGACCUGUAAUAAGCAAAAGAUCACGAAAAGUUAUCGAUGAAGAUGGAUAUUCAUCGGGUGAUUUGACAGGUUCCAAAAAAAGUGGAAGAAAAAAACAGGAUAUCUAUGCACGACAUUCAAAUAGUAAUAAAAAUUCUUGUAGAACUGAUGAAAAAUUACUUACUUCUGUGAGCGAUGACGAUAUCGAUAUUUCACCAUUUAAGCGUUCAAUGGACAAUGGAGACGAUUGGUCGGGAGAAUUUGUGGUCAUGAAAUCAGAUUUAGAUGAAAAGUUCCCACCACUUUGGAGAAUUGAUGGGAAAACAUUACUUCAAAAAUACGAGCCAUUUAUUUCGAAUGGAAAAACUUACUAUCGAAAUAUAUCAACUUAUUCUGGAUGGUCACCACAAAAUCGACACGAUUAUCAACAAGUUCCGGUUAAAUUCUGGCAGCAAGAUAAAGUCGAAACUGUCGUUGAAUUUCUAAGAGAAGAAAUGAUUGUCGAUGAUGGCGAGUACAUUGAGAAAUGUAUGAAAGGAACUGAAAAAUAUCAAGAUCAUUUUGAAGUUUACAUUCAAACUUUAAUAUCUCAGGCAUUGGAUUCGAAUUUCCUAACAGAAAUAUUUCAAGAGCAAGAUGAUUAUUUCUUGUCAAAUGUAAAAACUGUUGAUGAUGUAACGGAGGAAAGAAAACGUCGUUUAUUAUCAACAACAAAAUGGCAUUCAAAUGUUGUAACGGCUGUUUCAACGUGGCCAUGUUUAAAUAUUCUUAAAGAUUUACCACAAUCUGAAUAUAAAGGAAAACUUUGUGCCGGUUGUCAAAAUGAUAAAGUAAACACUCGAGUUUUACUCUACGGUCAACCGUACAACGGAACUACUUUAGAAGGAUCGCCACCUGAUCCAAAAGUUCUUCAAGAAAAGGACUUUUUGUUUUGUCGCAUUUGUCAAACUAAAAUUGCACUUUUCAAUAAGGUAGCGCAUCAAAAAUAUCUUAUGUUUUUGGAAUGUGCAAGAAGAGUUGGUGAUAAGAGAGUUUCUGAUCCGCACAAAGAUACAACAAUAAUACUUAAUGAACUUCUGGCCGAUGAAACGUGGUUAAAUCAGUUAUUUAAAGAAGUAAGAAGAAUCUGGGCAGAAAUCGAUGCAAUUCAUUAUCAUUAUAUGAAAGUAAAAAAUAUCCUCGAAUCUGGUAUUAAUGAUAAUUCCACAAAAUCUGUUUUUGAAGCAGUUGAAGGAUUAAGUACAACUUCAAAUUUACAGUUACCUGCUCAAAAUAUGAACUGUAUCCCACAAAGCUUUACUCAAAUUAUAAAUGAAACUGAAUUGUCAUAGUGGUGCUAAAGAUUGAAAAAAAAUUCAGUCAUUUAAACUUUAUAUAUACAUAUAUAUAUAUAGAAAAAAAAACUCGUAAUGUGCACUUAAAAGAUAAAAACUGUGAAUAAAAAAUUGGUAAAGAAGCAUAAUCGAGAAAAUAUAAACUAAGUUGUAAAGGAAAAAAAAGUAACAUAAACGCGCACCGAACUUUAUGUAAUAUACGCACUACUUUAUAAUAAUUAGAUUUAUGCCCCAAGUUUCGCCAUUUACAAUAGUUUAUUUUCUGCGAAGAAUAUUUCGCAAAUAUUUUGUGUGAAUAUAGCAAAUAGAUAUUUGUAAUCGCUUCAAAGCAGAAAAUAUUGUGAAUUCAAACAAAAAAAAUUCUCCGGAAAAGUUUUAUGAGCGUUUCAAGUGAUAUAGACUAAAGUUGUUCUAAUGUUAAUUAUUUUAUUUUUUUGAAAGAAAAUUUUUUAUUUUCUGUAUCUAAAGUACAGACUUUUCACAAACAUUUUUUUUUUUAUUUCUUUGACUUUUUUUUCGUUAAUUUACUUUAUUUUGCUACUAUUUUUUUCGAGAGAUUAACAUUGGCCUGAAUAUUAAAUUUUUGUUUAUUUAAAUUUCAGAAAGCAAUUAUUAUUAUUGUACUUUCUCAAAGCAGGGACAACUACAAAUUUGAAUUUCAAAUUUUUUUUGCAUCUUAUAUAAUGUUGAUUAUAUUGCACAUGCUUCUUUUUUUUGUACAAUGCUUUCAUUGUAUUUUUUUGUUUCUUUAAAAUAUAUUUAAAGAAAUGGUAAUUUAUAAAAAUUAAAUAGUGUCUAUUUUUUAAAAAUUCUUUAAAACAAAAAAUUUUAAUUAUUUUUAUUAAAUUAUUUUUUGGAAAAAUUGUGGAAAUUUUAAUCACAAUUUUUAAAGAUUUAAAAAUAUUUUUUUUCAAUGCACGUUUUUACAAAAUAUUAAAAAAAAAGAAAAAACAAUAUUAAAACGAAAAAUGUUGUCUCUGGUUGAGAAAAAAAUUAUAAGAUCGACUAGAAUGUACAUAAAUCGCGAAUAUUUAUGUAAGAAUUUUUAAUGUGCUGGAAAUUACUUUUUAUAUAUUUUAGUUAUAUUUGGACUAAGUUCCGUUUUGAUCUUCCUGAAAAUUUGCGAUAAAGUAAAUUACAUUUUCCAGUAGAUGAUAACAAUUUAAUAGUAGUGAUAAAUAUAAGUAACAAAUUUUAUUAAUUAUUAUUACUAUUAUUAUUAUUAUUAUUCAUAUUGUUUAUGCCUUACGAUAAAGUUUAAGUUUUGACCAGGUUUAUUGAAAAAAAGUGACUAGAGAUUGCGUGAUAUGCGUGAUUGGCGCGAAUGUAUUUUUGAAAGAUGUAUAUCAAAUUAUAUUUGUAAAUUGUAAAAAUGCGUUAGUGAAAAAGUAAUAUAGUUACAAUUUUGUAGCUAUAAUAUGAAAACGGUAUUUCUUAUGUAAUUAAGAAAAAUAUUGAAAUAAUACCAUCACAAAAAGCAAAUUGCUAAAAUAGAAAAGAAAGACAGUUUGUCAUAAGGUGUUUACUUCUUUUAUUUUUCGUUUGAAAAUAAAUGUGCCAUGCAUUCACUGAAUUUAAAUGAUCCUUUGUAAUUGUAUUAAAUAUAUUUAUCGACUGAA